UCUACUAGAAACUCUCAAGUCUUAACUGCUGUUUGCGCCCACUUCCUUCCUCCGCAAGCUUCUUCCCCUCAAAACCCCGCCAAAAAAAAAAUACGCCUUCUCUCCUCCUCGAGUGAGUCGAUCAAUGGUAAAACCCGGGGUCGCUAGGGUUUCCUCUGACCCUUGAAAUUGCAGCUUGGAAGGCACUUGUCCGGUUGCCCCACUCCAUGGGGAAAAGGAAGCCGGUGGUCGUCCUUUCUUCGUCGGAUGACGAAGUGGCCCGAACCCGCUCCACAGGCCGGGCACGAGGUCUUAGCGAGUCCAGUUUGAAAUCUUUGUCUGCUGCGCGGAAGAAGACUCGUUCUGGAAAAUCAAACGGUGGCUCUGAUGUCAGGCAUUCGCGCGAAGCCGAAGCGGCCAAGUUUGCGGCACUUUCGGAGGAUUUUUGCGGCUGUCUCCAGAAUUUUCACUUAACGAGAGGGAAUCAGUGUACAAAAUGUAAAGAGCUUUGGAUUGAUAAGUACGAACCCAGUUCUAUUGCCCAGCUUGCAGUUCAUAAGAAGAAGAUUGAAGAAGUAAAGUGUUGGUUGGAGGACAGGCUGGUCACCUCUAAGGGAAGCCUUGGAAAUGUACUUCUUCUUACAGGAAAAACUGGUGUUGGUAAAUCUACAGCUGUUCGUGUGAUUGCAUCACAACUUGGGGCUCAGCUAUGUGAAUGGACCACUCCUACCCCAACAUUGUGGCAAGAGCAUGUACAUAAUAUUAAUUCAGGUCUAAGGUUUGUGUCAAAGUUAGAUGAGUUUGAAGCCUUUGUAGGAAAGAUAGGAAAGUAUUCUUUGCUUUGUCCUGGCAGUUCUGGAGCAUCAAGUGAACCGAAUAUUAUUCUAAUUGAUGAUCUCCCUGUCACAAAUGGAAGAGUUGCUUUUGAGAGAUUAAAGAAAUGCUUAACCAGUCUCAGCCUUUCUGCUCAGCUUCCAAUUAUUAUAUUGAUAACAGAAUAUCAUAAAGUUGACAUUGGUGAGAAUUCAACAAAUCACUGUGAAGAACUUGUGUCCUUUCUCGAGAGAGCUGGUGCUCACAAGGUUGCUUUCAAUCCACUUACAGUAAAUUCUAUCAAGAAAGUUCUUUCCAUGCUAUGCCAAGAAGAGAAGUGUGAUGUGACUCCUGAGCAAAUAGAUCAGAUAGCUCAGGCUAGUGGUGGUGACAUAAGAAAUGCAAUAACAUCUUUACAGUACUGUUGUCUAAGGCCAGAUAAUUUACUCAUCUCCCCUGUAUCAACUCUGUUGGAAACCAAUGCCAAAUUUUACUCAGACAGAUCUAGAUUAUCACCGUUUACAGGUCUUCUUGAGAAAGGGGAACUCGACAGCACAUACUUUCCAUGUGGAAGGGAUGAAACGCUUUCUCUUUUUCAUGCAUUGGGAAAAUUUCUGCACAACAAGAGGGAUGCCGAUGCAUUUUCUUUCGGCUCAGAAUCACUUAUUCUUAAAGAAAAGUAUUCAAGAAAGCCACUAAAAAUGGAUGCUCCAGAGACAAUUCUUUCUCAAGCGUAUGGGAAAGCAAGGCCAGUUACUGAUUUCCUACAUGAGAAUGUUCUCGAUUUUAUAAAUGAUGGAUCUAUUGAUGAUGCUUGGUUGGUGACUUCUUAUUUAAGUGACGCGGAUUGUCUUCUUGGUAGUUUUUCUCCCAUAUCUCGCCUGGGGAUAUUUUCUGACAUGUAUGAAUCACAGAGUUUUUCUCAAUCAGUUGCUUCUUCAGUUGCAAUCCGUGGUGUUUUAUUUGGAAAUUCACAGCCAUUGUCAUCAAGAUGGCACACUAUUCGGAGUCCAAGGCUUUGGCAAAUUGAGAAUUCAGCAAAGAAGCUUAUGAACCAAACGAUGAAUGAGAAAUUUGACGCCUUCAAUGGUUUCGUUUCAUCCAUGUCUCAAAUAAUUACCGAGUACCGACCGUCAAUUAGAUGGUUCAAUUCCCAUUGUAAGGAUCGUCUUGACAAUGAAGAACUCGCAAAAUCGUCUGCCCAUAGCCGUCCAGAUGAUUCAGAAGACGGCACUUCGAAGGAAGAUAGUGAUGACGAUAUAGAGGAUUGGUAGGCUCAUUAUGUCGUUGCUGCAACUUCAGGUACGCUGCUCUCUGACAUAUUUCACUUGGAAGGGGAUGGCUUUUUCUUCUUGAACACCAUUUGAUUACUGUAAAUAAUGAUUUUAAGGUCUUGAGAAUGCAGUUGUAUAGGAUGGGGUAAAGGAGGGAUUAACGAACAUCAAUUUUGUAGAAUCAUUACGUUGCUACUAAUCAAAAUGGUGAAAAAUGACUAGAAAAGUUUUUAGGUA